AUGGACCUCAAAACAAGCAUUUUUCUAACUUUUUUCGUGCCGAUCACUCUUACUUCAACUAUAAUUUUGGUCUUAAUUUACUAUUUAAUUAAUGAUUUUACUAAUGAUUACACUGAUACUAUGCAGAGAGAUAUAAUUAAUGAUACAACAUCAAAUGUUAACUAAGUAAUUAAUGCAAUGUAAUUUAAAUUGCAAUAAGAUUAUCAAUCGAUUGUUAUUUAUAUUACUGCAAUGAAUUAACUUAUUAAUUAAAUGGCAAAAAAUCCAAAAAUAAUAAACCCAAAUUAUCUUGCCUAACCAAUAGGCUAAUUUAACUUUAAUUAGUAUAAAUAAUUUUUGCAGCAACAUCCAUCAUACGACUUAAAUAAGCUUGAGUAUUUUACUAGUUCUUUUUAUAAUUCUAAUGUAGCUGACUUUGAUGAAUUGACUGAUAGUGAUAAAGAUUUUAUUAAUCUUAAAAAAUAAAUAGAUAUUUUAACUUAUACUUUCAUAAAGGAUGGAGGUAUUAACCUAAUAAAUCUUCUAAGUACUUAUAUAAUAUCUAUAGACAGCGGAACAACUUAUGACUACCCAAAUAAUAUAGGUUAAUACUAAUAAUAUAUUUCAUAGACCCCAAAAAAAUUAAAAACCCAUUUUACUAGUAGUAAUUGUGAUAGUUAAACAAAUACAUAUCCAUACAACUUCAAGUGUAGCUCUUGGUUUUAAUAAGCAAAUAGCAUAAAUAAUAACAAUAUCACAUUUACAUAGCCUUAUUUAGAUAGUUUAUCUAAAACUUUUAUUAGCACUGUUUGUGUAAAAACAUAUGACAUGAAAUAUAUAUUCUGUUUUGAUUUUAAUAUUAAAAGCAAUCCUUUUGGAAAUAAUAAUAAUGGUACAAGCAAAAGCUAUUACUAUUUAAUAUUUCCUGGAACAAGAGAACCAAUAGUAUAUCCUAAUCUGAAUAUAACUACAGUGAAAACUAUAGAUUACUAUGAAUUUGUUAACACAACCACUAAUUCUUAAGAUUAGAAAAGUUUUAAGGAUAAAACUUCUAUUUUCGAUUAAACUUAUACUUCUUUUAACAGUAGUGAUACUUUAGGUUUGUAUGAAAAUUAGACACUAACAGUAAAAUAUAUGAAGGAUCUUCAAAAUUAUUACUUAUUUAUAAAGAAUAUAUCGACAUGUUAAAAGUUAAUUGAUUAAUAGUAUAAAACAAAUCCCGGCAAAUCUCUACCUUAUUAAGAUAGUUAGAUAGAUAUCAGAGCUUAUUUGGGUUAUGUUUUAAAAGAAGAUGCAAUUUUAUCUGAUGUUCAGGAUAUCUAAGACUAAAUUAGUUUUAUUCUUGUUAUGGAUUAAAUGAUUCUAAUUUUCAUUGUAUUUAUUAUGGUCUAUUAAGUUUUUGCUUUCACUUUUACUUUCUCUAAUCAGAUUAUUGAACCUGUUGAUCAUCUUAUAGCAUGUCUUAAAAAAAUAUAGGCUGAUGAAUUGGAAAAAGUUUAUGAAUUUCUCUCUAAAAAUUUAGUUGACGAUGAAAUUUAAUAAAAGAAAAAGAAACGUAAAAAAUAACUUAACAAUAAUUAAACUUAAAAUAUUAAUGGCCUAUAUAGUCCUGAUUAUUUGCUGUAAAAUACUUCAUCAGAUAGCAGUUCUUCAUCCUCCUCCUCCUCUUCCCUUUCCAGCUCUGACGAUUCUAUGGAUGAAUAAAUCACACUUUAACAAAAAAAAGAAAAGAAUAGAUAAAAGAUAUUAAAAAAGAAAAUCAGAGAUGAAUCAAUAAAAAUUAAAAAGUAGAAAGAGUAAGAACAACAAAAUCAGAUAUCUGCUGAUUUAAUGUAACUUUACAGGGUAUUAUAUGAGAUUGUUCAUGUAAUAAAAGUAGCUAACAUUAAUUUUCUUCAAGGAAAUGCAGAGUAAGCUCUAAUAACUUAUGCUAAAUCAGUAAAUUUCUUUACAGCUCUUUAAAACGAGAAUGCAGUAUCAAUAUGUUUAAAUAAUAUGGGAAAUGUGUAUAUGAAGCAGCAAAAGUAUAUUUAAGCAUCUUAGAAGUACCAAGAGUCUCUGCAAUUCGUACAAACUCAAAGAGAGAAAUUAAUUGAAAUUUGUAAAAAAAAGAAUUAAGAUUAGGAUUUAUACCAAGAUGAACAGUUUAGGUAUUUUACAUCUCUGUUUAUUACUAGAUCUUUCCAUUUAGCAGAAUCACUUAUAGAGGCAAUUUAGUAAAAAUAAUAUGAUGCAAUGAAGUUUUUAGGUUUGUUCUCAAAGGAAGAUUGCUAUCUUGAGAUUAAAAAGAAAUACGAGGUUAUUAGAUAAAAUCUAAGAACAUUUAAUAGUGACAGAAGUUUGUUUGAUCCAAUGAUAGCUCAUGUUCUUUUGUAAUUAGCAUUAUGUUCUAUUGAGUUAGGAAAAAAGAGUGAGGCAAUAAUGUUUCUUGAAGAGGCAGAAGAUGAAAUUAAAAAGGAUGUCAAUCCUUUAUAUCCUUUUCAUUUAGAUGUUCCUAAAGAAAUUUUAGCUUAAAGAAUUUUAUAUUUACAAGGAUAUUUUAAUAUUAAAAUAAAUUAACUUUAUAUUGGCGCUAUAUUUUUAACUAAAUCUAUUGAGUAUGGUAAAAUAUAUUGCCCUAAAUAUAGAUUGAAGGCUCUUUUACUACUCAAAAAUCUCUUCGAUAUGAUUGAAGAAAAUAAAUAGCUAUCUUCGUUUUCUGGAAUUAACUAUCUGCUAGAGAAAUAUAGGCCAUUGAUCAAAGAUGUUCUUUUUCUCUCGAAUAUUUCUAGUUCCAUGGGUUGUCGUGAAAAGAUUCUGUUCUCAAGCUAAAUUAUAUAUACAAUUUUCUAAAAAUAUAUUGGAAAGAAAUUUGACAGAAUUGGGUAUUAUUUAUUUAACGAGAGUGUGAAAGAAGUAUUUGGCUUAUAGAGAGCUGAUAAAAAUUGGUGCUUCUUAGAAAAUAUGCUGUAAAACAUGCCAACUGUGUCUGGGAAAGCAUCAAUAUCUAAUGCUCUAAACGAAGCAUUUAAAAUAUAUGAUAAAAAUUAAUAUUAUGCUCAUACUUUGCACAUGAAAAAAGUUGAUUUAAAUUAUAAAAAGUUUGUUAUUUUAUUUACUGAUGAAGCAGAUAUUCUCCAAGAAGGAAAGUAAAUCAAGAAACAAUGGUAAAAGAUUAAAGAAAAUUUCAGAUUUUCAAAUAUUAUCCUAGUUAUCUUCGCUUUCACAGAUAAUCACGAAGUUAUGAAAAUAUUUAAAGAGCUUGUUGAUUAUUGCUAAGAUGGUUUUGUAAUUCACUAUAAAGAAGAAAAAACUAUUCAUUCUUAUUUUUAAAAUAUGACAGAAACAUUAAUGCAAGAAUCUUAUGAAAUAGAAUACAUUUCAUGA